UGGCGCCACAGCAGUUCUUCAGCUCAGCUUGAAGCUCUCACGCCAUCUAACCAACGCUGAAGAAAAAUCCAAUUCAAUUAUUUAUCUCUCUCUCUUUUUAUUAAUUGUGCGUUUAUCUUUCUAGUUAAUUAAUUAUUUAUUAAGGUGGUAUUCGCUUUUCUCUCUCGCUCUUUCUUUCUUUCUUUCUUUCUUUCUCUCUCUCUCCUUCCGAUAUAAACACAGAUAAAUACAAUUCCUCAUGUCAGUCAACAUGUCAGGAACAGUUGUUGUUCCAAGGAACUUUAGAUUAUUAGAGGAACUUGAACAAGGCCAGAAGGGUGUCAGUGAUGGAACCAUCAGCUGGGGCCUUCAAGAUGAUUCCGACAUGACGUUAACUCAAUGGACUGGAAUGAUUAUUGGCCCUCCAAGGACUCCAUAUGAAAAUAGGAUUUACAGCCUUAAAGUAGAAUGUGGUUUAAAUUAUCCGGAUGAGCCUCCAAAUGUUAGAUUUAUUUCCAAAAUAAAAAUGAACGGUGUCAACGAGAGUAAUGGAGUUGUUGACCGUAGGAGUAUACCUGUAUUAGCAAGGUGGCAAAGAAAUUACUCCAUAAAAACUGUUCUGCAAGAGCUUCGCCGUGCAAUGACACUUAAGGAAAAUAUGAAAUUAACUCAACCACCGGAAAGCUCUACUUUUUAAUCAAAAACAAAAACAAAAAUUUUGAAACAAAAAAAUCUAUGUGUUAGUCACCAUAAUCCAAAAACACAAAUCCAACCUCAAGUGAAACAACAAUUACAACAAAAAACUGAUUUUCUUUAUAAUGAUUAAUCCACUUAUAUUUUCUUUCUCUCUUCCUUUCUCUCUUUCUCUCUGUGCACGUACGGAUUAAGACACCAACUUUAUCAUAUAUAUAAAUUACAUAUAAUUAUGGAAAACGAAACAAAAAAAAAGACUUUAAAGUUUUAAGAAAAAAAAGCAACAAAAUAAUCAAAUUGUUAUUAAUCACUUUGUUUUUUUAGCUUAGAAUCAUCCGUUUAUUUAUUUUUCUUUUGAUUUUCUGUCUCAAUUCGGUUAAUCUGUGGCCUCAGAGAUACAUCAGUCAGCGCAAUGAUCAUUCGUAAUUGAUUGACUUGAUGAAAAUUAACAGUGAGAGAACAAGAAAAGGAAAGAGAGACAGAGGAGGAAGAUAAAGAGAGAAAGUCAAAGGAAAAAGAGACGGGAGGUGAAAGAGAUAAAGCGAUAGAGAAAAUUGAGAUAGUUAUACAAUAAAUUUGAAGAAAUGGGAAGAACAAAAAAGGGAAAAAAGUGAAAUUAAGAGAAAAAAUUAAGCAGAAAAUAAAAGGAGGGAGAGAACGUGAAAGAGAGAGAGAGAGAGAGAGA